CUAUGAAUAUUGUAUAAUUGAUAAUAAAUCGUUUUUAUUUUAUUUUUAAAACUUAUAGUAUAGAUAUAUUAAUGAAAAUUUAACCAAAAUAACUGACCAAAGAAACUUCACUUGUAAAUAAUAUAUAGUUUAUGCAUGAUUUACCAAUAAAUUCAAACAGGAAGUGAGCUGAAGUUGAUAUAGAUAUAUAAAAAUAUAAUAUAGUGUUUUCAACAUAUAUAAAUUUCUAAACAGAUAGAGUAAAAGUCCGUAAUAUUGUAAUCUUUAAAAAAUGUUAUAGCACAGUAUUCACAUUUAUAGAGUUUCAAGAAGGGAUAAUGCCAAAGUUUUUUUUUUUUUGAAAAAAAUAAUGUCUAAAUUCUUUACUCUACCUUUUAACCAAAAGAGGUGUAACAGUGUGUAAUCUAAUCACUUAUGAGUAAUGAAAUAAGUAAACGGUAGCAAAUUGGUAAACAUGAUCAUCCACGUCAACUCAUGAGGGUGGUCCCAAUCCCAUGAAGAAGGAAAGCUAUACAAAGGAAGAGAAGAUAUAUAUACUUGGUGUAGAUUUCUUCUCCUUUGCCAAUGAUAUAAGACAAGACUUUCUCAUCAUUAAUACAUAUCCUUACUUCAAACUUCGGACAGCCACAAGAUGAUCCAACUACUUUUACCAACCACUAACUAUGCGCCAAGUGUUCACUUCCAGUAUUCUAUAUAACAGUCUCAUUAGCCUUCCCUCCUUUGUGAUUACACUAACAGAGUGUUUAGUCUUUAUUAUGUUGAAAGAAGAGACCAACGAGAGUGGCUUUGUGGCGGGUAAAGAAGACGAUGAGGCUGAUAGAGAGGUGGCUUCAUGGUUGAUGCUGAAUGCAGGGAAAGACAGUGAUAAUCACAACAAUGGGUUCUUGUUUGGUGUUGAGUAUCUUGACCUUGUGGACUACAGCAGCAGCGUAGACAACCAGUUCGAAGAUCAGUACAGUCACUACCAGAGGAGCUUUGGGGGAGAAGAUGGAGUUGUACCACUUCAAGUUGAAGAACCAAAAAGUUACCAAAAACAAAGCCAUCACAACUAUGGUCACUACAACUACAAUGGUUCCUUAAAGGACCUAAACCAUACUGUAUCUGUUUCAUCAAUGGACAUCACUGUUGUGCCAGAGUCAACAGAGAGUGACACAACAGUCCAAUACUAUAAAGAGACGAUAGACCAACUAUCUGGCCCACCUAGUCAGAUGGUGCAGCAGCUAACUCCAGCGGACAGGGAGGCUAGGGUCCAGAGAUACAGAGAGAAGAAGAAGAGGAGGAAGUUCGAGAAGACAAUAAGGUAUGCUUCAAGAAAGGCAUAUGCAGAAAUAAGACCACGGAUCAAGGGACGUUUUGCAAAGAGGACAGAAACUGAAGCUGAUGCAGAACAACUCUUUUCAACAUCUCUAAUGGCCGGAUAUGGAAUUGUUCCUUCAUUUUGAACUCUUACGGCAGAGGUAGAUGAACUAGAUUGCAUGCUGUAAAUUAAUUCUAGUUUGGAUUUUAUUACAAGUAGUUAUAUUACCACUGUUUCACGUGUGGAUCCUUUGGUUUUGUGACUUUUGUAAUAUUAUUACGAGUUAAUCAGACGUGUUCACAUAUA